AGAGUUCAGUUUUAUUCUCCACAGUGAAGUGACUUAGUAUUUUUACUAAACUACAAACAUCACAAGAGAAAAACACACGGACAAGACUUGUAUGAAAACGCCAAAAGGAAAAGAGGAAGAGACAAAGAGACAAAGAAGAGACAAAGCAAGGACACCCUGCUCAUCUGAAGAUGUCUGAAGGGAGACAGGACACCGCUCCGAGCAACAUGGACAAAGCUACAGAGAAGAUCGCUGAUGCCCUUGUUUCAGACAUCAUUGAACAGGUUGCUGCGAAUCUUGGUGAGCUGUUGCAAAAUGUUCGCCGCUGGGAUUCAGAGGAGGCAUGCCACGUCUGAGGUUAACAAAGAUGGAUCCUCAGCUGCUUCUGUCAACCAACAGAAGGUCCAGCAACACCUGGAGAAGUUUUUCUCUAUGCGGCAGGUGUUUGCUGAGCAUCGUGGGAGCAGUCUAGAAGAGGUCCCAGAAGAGGUCACUUCUCCAGCUAUGUCUGAGGUGAUAGUUACACCUGAUUACGAGGAGAGCACCAAAUCAGCCAGCAAAGCAAAGAAACCAGUUGCCAUGCCGUUCAUGAACAAGCUGAAGUUGGUGUGGAAGAGCCACUUUGGCAGAAAGCAUAGCAAGAAGGUCAAAAGGACUUCUGAUAGACACCUGAGUUCCAGUCCUGAGGAGAAGUCUAUGGAUGAAGAGGAUGCCAUAGAGAGUGACGGAGAACAAGAAGCCUCCAUCAGCUUGUUUCUGUCACCCAAACAGGUAGAUGAAGUUCCUCAGCCAAAGAGCGAACUUCUGGCUGAAACUCAAACCGAUUUCCAGGAGAAGAUGAGACAUGAUCAGGUUCUGAGGGCUGCUGCCGACGACUGAGGGGGGCGUAUCUACCCCUGACCUGGUGAACAGCUACUCUCAGACCUUUGAAAAAGCCUCCAGUCAGACUUUCCUGGUGCAGACAAUCCAAGCCUUGCCCAUCAAAGACCGGGAAGAUAUCGACACAACCAAGGCUGAUGGACAGACCAUAAAAACCCCUCUAGAGCCAGAGAAAGAGGGACAGGAGAAAGAGAGCAAGGAAAUCAGGAUCCCAGAGACAGGAUCAUCCUCCAGACUCUCCAGCAGGUCAGAGGAGAGUAAGAAGGCAGCUUCCUCUGCUUCCCCUCCCUGCAUCCCCCCAGCCAUCUACGAAGCAGCAAACAUGAUUGUCAGCCAAGUCAUUGAGCAGGCUAUCAGGACACUCGAGUCUGAGGCCAAAGCCAAGAGACCAGUCCAGCACGACCAUCUUCAAAACACUGAAAACUGCAUGGAACAAACGCUUUGGCAAAAGGCAGAGGAAUAAGGUCACACCAGCUUCAC